GUUACGGGGCUCAGGGCAGGAGAAGACAAGGGAAGGGGCAAAGGCAAGAACAGAAGAUGGAGGGGCUGAGGGGAUCAGAGUCAGAGGGAACUAAGGCAAGAUCCACACCAAAGGGCUGAAGGAAAACAUUGAAGGGGAAGGACUGAGGUGAAAAAGGGUCUCUGGCCAUGGUGUGAAGGGUGAGGGGAAGAGGGAAGGUCCAAAAACAAGAAGGCACUGAGGUGAGGGUCAGACUCAGGGCAGGAGAAGACUGAGGGAACAAGGGAAGGGGCAGCGGGAAGAGCUGAAGACACGAACUGAGGCGAUCAAGGAGGGGACUGAGGGGGAGCGAGGGAAGAUCCAAACAGAGGGGCUGAGGGAAAACGCUGAGGGGGGAGGAAUGAGGUGAGAAAAAGGGGCCCUGGGCACGAUGUGAGGGGUGAAAGAAAGAAGGGAUGAGGUGAAUGGGCCGAGGGAAUGAGGGAAGGGGUUGUGGGACUGAGGGAGGGUCCACACCAAGGGGCUGAGGGGAAAACAAUGAGGGGGAAGGACUGAGGCGAGAAAAGGGGUCUCUGGCCAUGGUGUGAGGGGUGAAAGAAAGAAGGGAUGAGGUGAAUGGGCCGAGGGAAUGAGGGAAGGGGUUGUGGGAUUGGGGGAUGGUCCACACCAAGGGGCUGAGGGAAAACACUGAGGGGAAAGGACUGAGGCGAGAAAAGGGGUCUCUGGCCAUGGUGUGAGGGGUGAGGGAAUGAGGGAAGGGGCUGUGGGACUGAGGGAUGGUCCACACCAAGGGGCUGAGGGAAAACAAUGAGGGGAGAGGACUGAGGCGAGAAAAGGGGCUCAGGCCAUGGUGUGAGGGGACGAGGGAAGGGCCAGCGGGAAGCGCUGCCAAGAGGCGUGGAGGGGCUGAGGGAAAACACCGGGGCCGGAGCCAGGAGUCGGCCAUGAGGGAGCAGCGCUGGGGGACGGCAGGGUGAGGGAAAACCCGGGCACAGCCACCCAGGGCUCGGCGACCGCGGGAAGGAGAAAACCCGGGCGCAGCCACCGUGGCUCGGUGACCGCGGGAAGAAGAAAAAACCCGCGCGGGCGGCCCCUCGGAUUUCUUUCCGGUUCAGUUUUCACUUUCUGUUUUUUUCCUCCCUCCCACCAACCCCCCCCCCCCCCUCCUCCACCCACACGCACGCAGCCCCUCCGCUCCCGCCUCCCGUUCCUUCCCUCUUUCCCUUCCCCUUCCCUUCUUCCCUUUUCCCGCCCUUCCACUUCCCGGGGCCGGCGGUCGGCGGCGGCCGCCCCGCUCCGCUGUGUCCCGCGGCGGGGCCCGGGCGGGGCGGCCAUGAGGGCGGCCUGAGGGAGGAGGAGCGGCGGCGGCGGCCAUGGACGGGCGGCGGGAGCGGCGGGAGCGGCGGAGCGGCGAGACCGGCACGGGUUUUCCCGCGGAAUCCGAGGAAUCCCUGCUGCAGAGGGCGGUGUCGGCGCUGCACGGCUCCUUCCUGCACCCCAAAUCCCGGCAGGAAUUCCAGUACAGCCGAGCAAUCCUGGUGGAAAACCAGCUUUUCCUGAGCGAGCUGAAAGCUUUCGCCCGAGCCAAGGAAGCCGCCGGGUACAGCCGGGAGGAGCUGCAGGAGACCUUCGCCUUCCUCCUCUUUGACAAGGAAGAAGAGGCGAGGGAGGUGUGUCGGACGGGCCUGCGGGUCAACAGCAGCUCCAUCUCCACGCUGGGAGACCCGGCCAAAGGGGUUUAUAUUUCCAAGCAUGCAGACUGCCUCCAUCCCAGCCCCUGGCACCAUGGAAAAUCGGGAUAUAUUGUCAUUUGCAAGCUAAUUAAGGGGAAGGUGCGGGUGAUCCCUGAGGAUUACACCACCACCUACACCUGCCCCUCUCCGGGCUACGACUGCCACGUCGCCGAGAGCCGCGAGCCGGGGUCGGCCGCGCCCAGCCCCUGCCAGGCCUUCGAGCAGAGCCAGUACUACGUGUACGAGGUGUCCGGCGGCAGCCCGGCCCAGCGGCCCAGGCAGGUCUGUCCCUACAUCGUCCUCUGCUGCCAGUACAGGGACCCCAAGGACGUGGCCAUGGAAGAAGACCUGCCCGAGCGCGACCACCAAGGACUGUACUGCCCGUGGAGGGGAGAACUCGCCAUCCAGGGAAAGCUGCUGUGCAACAUCACCCUGAGGACCCCCUACAGCUCCUCCCUCCCAGCCCAGCUGUGAGUUGGCCUUUUCCUUCCUUCCCUUGGAAUU